AUGGCAGAACAACAGUUUGAUUUUGCAGCUCUGCCUGUAGACGUAAGAGAAAGGUUAGCGGAACUGGAAUUGGAACUAUCUGAAGGUGACAUCACACAAAAGGGGUAUGAGAAGAAACGGCGUAAACUUUUAGGACCAUAUUUAGGAAGUCAACAAGUCUCAUCGGUGAGCGCGGCAGCACAGCAGAGUCCUACGACACAGGCCCAGCGUCGACACCAGCGCAGGGUGACGAGAAAUGAAAGCAGGUACCACUCAGAGAUCAGACAGGAAGCCGUGCAGGCGGCACUCGCGAUGCACAGGACACAGAAACACAACCUGCCCAUGCCCUCGAAGCGCUCGUCCGUGAUGGCCGCCAGUCCCACGCAGGACAGGGAUGCUUCAGAUUUCAGCGACGAGCACCGUAGCGCCCUCUACCAGCGGCAGGACGAUCGACAUUUUCGCGCGGCGCCCCAGCGUCCUCGCUCCUCUGCCGUGUUGCCACUCUGCCGCCGUAAGAGUCGUUAG